AUUGGAUGAAGCAUCCCGCAAACAUCUCUCUGCUCCACUCACAGGCCUCUGAAUCGUUGCGUGAUUUGGUUCAUUUUCUCGUCAUUAUUGCGGUGAACUAGCAGAGAUGUUGGUGUUUGUUGUUUUAUGGCAGGUGUUGUGUUUAUCCGUGUGUUCGGGCUUUCGGGCGGCUCCUCAGCCCUGCCCCGCGCCGCUGCAGUGGGAGGGUCGGACGGUUGAAUAUGAUCACGGCACCGGGAGAAACACACGGGCAGCGGUCUCCUAUGACGCCCAGAACCAGAGAAUCAGGGUCCUGGAGCAGAAGACUGGACACACACCAUGCAAGAAGUUCUUUGAGUACAUCUACUUGUUCAAAAGUGGAGUGCUAUUUCAGAUUGAGGAAAUUACAAAGCAGUGUGCAAAAAUUGCUCUGACGGAGGCCUGGGAUCCUUAUGAUAUACCCCUCAACUCCACAUACGAGGACCAGUACUUUAUUGGAGGACCUGGAGACAUGAUCGAGGUCCAAGAGUGGUCUGAUCGCAAACCAGCUCGCAAAAACGAAGCUUGGGUUGGUGUGUACACUUUGAAAGACUGCUAUCCUGUGCAGGAGACUUACACCAAAAACAGCAGUGUUACCACGUCCACUCGCUUCUUCGACCUUCAGCUGGGCAUCAGUGACCCUGAGGUGUUCAAUCCACCCAGCACCUGCCUGUCUGCUCUGUCUAAGAGGAUGACAUCUGACUGCUGAAAAUCAAUGUCUGCUCACUCAGCAUUAAAUAACAUACGGCUCUGCAUUAGAUCAUCCAUAAUAAAUAGAUGGCUUUCAAUUAACUAAUAUUACACUGACAAAGAGCGCAUGGAAUGAGCGCAGAUACUGUUAAUUAAAGGCUUUGAAAUAAACCAGGAUUGUUAGUUUUAAGUUGAACAGUUCAUGUUGAUUUAUAGUGUGAACUGUGCCUCAUAUCUUAUUGAACCCUGAUUUUUUCAUGCACAGGGUGGACAAAUGUAGUACUUUUUUAACAGUUAAUGUUCAGUUUUAGUUAUUUAAUUUAGAAUUUAAAGUGAUAUUUCACACCAAAAUGACAAUGUACUCACUAUUUACUUAAUCUUGGUUUCAAACCUUUAUGGGUUUCUUUCCACUGUUAAGGAAAUAUAUAUACUACGAAAGUUGCUGAUUACAGUGUUCGAACACUUUUCAAAAAAAUUUCUUUUGUGUCUAACGGUAGGAGAAGAAGCUCUUAAAGGUUUAAAACAAGUAAAAAGUGAGUAGAUGAUGACAGAAAUUCAUAUUUUUGAGUGAACUUGCCCUUCAAUUGGGUUUAUUAAAGUGUUGAUGCUUAUACUCUUUAUUUUACAAUGUUGUUUUAUAGCUGCAGAAAGCCUAAUAAUUUGAUUCUUGUUUGAAUAAAAUUGUUUACCUUGC